UGAAUCCGAGACCACGCCAGGGAAAUUUACGUGACAUUCGCCCAAAAUGCCAGCAACAGUGGAUUCUUCCAGCUCGAAAAAGCGCAAGAGCACCAAAAUUGCCGGUGCCCCCUCCAAGCGCCGCGCUGUGGCCGAAGAAGAUGGCUUCGCCGAGACCUUGUCAAAGGUUCAAGAGCUGGAGAAUCAAAUUGCGGAGUCGCGCAAAUACUACAACAACAUUGCCACUUUGAUUUCGAUGCUGAAUGUGGAACCAACCGCGAAGAAGCCAGAUCUGGCAGUGGCCGUCUCACUUUGCCGAGUGUUCAGUCGAUUGAUGGCGGCUGGAAACUUGUCCGAGAGCAGUCGCGAUGCCGAGAAUGAGAAGAUCGUGGUGGCAUGGUUGAAAGAGCGAUACUCGGAAUACCAGCGCGCAUUGUUGUCAAUCAUUCGUGAGGCUGAUACUACCUCCCAGGUUACGGCCCUCACUCUGAGCAUGCGCCUCGUGAAAGAAUACAUUACACACAUUCCCGGAGCGGACAGCAGUAUCUGGUCUGGCCUGUUCAAGGAUGUUAUCGAGGCUCUCGUGGAGGCACAGGACGGCGAGGAAGUGCGGGCUGAAUUUAUCACAAAGUUCAUGAAAGAAUAUGAAGAUAUUCGCUACCAAACAUUUGCGCAAAUAGCUGAGUAUGCCGCUGCUCGACGAAAGACCCCCAUCAUUGAGAUCCUUAUUUCCCUCCUUUCGGCCUGUGAUGAAGCUCCGGCCUCAGAUCACGAAAUCGAUACCGAAAACUUCUUCGCAAAGCCCGACCCAGCGAACAAGCGCCUCCGCACUGUCCAUGGCCACAAGAGGCGAGCACAAGACGCAUGGCUGGCCAUCCUUCGGAAUAAUCUCUCCCAGCCGCAGCGGAAGGCCCUUCUGCGUAUGAUGGUGCACACUAUCGAGCCUUGGUUCACGCGGCCUGAACUCCUCAUGGAUUUCCUGACAGACUCAUAUAACGAGGGCGGUGCUACCUCUCUCCUUGCUCUGUCGGGUCUGUUCUACUUGAUCCAAGAGAAGAACCUGGACUACCCACAAUUCUACGCAAAACUUUACUCGCUCCUCGACGCGGACCUGCUGCACUCCAAGCACCGAUCACGCUUCUUCCGCCUGCUCAACACUUUCCUCGCCUCUACCCAUCUUCCCGCCUCCCUCGUGGCAAGCUUUAUCAAGCGUCUCUCUCGUCUUGCACUCAAUGCGCCUCCCUCGGCUAUUGUAGUGAUCGUGCCAUUCAUGUACAACCUGUUCAAGAGCCACCCCACGUGCACUUUCAUGAUGCAUCGUGAGAUUCGCGAUAAGAAGCUUGCCGCUGAGAUUGAAGCUGAAGGCAUGGAGGACCCCUUCGAUCCAAAAGAGACGGAUCCUACCCGCACCAAUGCCAUCGAAAGCAGUAUCUGGGAAAUUGAGACGCUUCAGUCCCAUUACCACCCCAACGUCGCGGCCAUUGCCCGGAUCAUCUCCGAGCAGUUCACGAAACAGGCUUACAACUUGGAAGACUUCCUUGACCACACCUAUCAGGGUAUGGUGCAUGGCGAGCUUGGCACUGGCGAGAAACCUUUGCGGAAGGUUCCAGUGGUCGAAUAUCAAAUCCCGAAGCGUAUCUUCACGGACCGAUUGCUGGAAGAAGAUGGUGGUGUGGACUCUGGAGCUGGGUCAUUCAUGCGCGGACUUUGGGACUUUUAGUCUUGAUGAUUCCACUAUCUCAUGUUUAGUGACCGCCCAAGGGCUUGACUUUUUGAUGUACCUUAGCCUUCAGUUCUUUGAUACUCUUGCAUCUAUAUACCGGAUAAUGUCCAGCAACUCUUGCCUGUCCCUUGUUCUAGGCCCACCCCAUGAUAUGCACCAUGAGGCACCCAAUCGGUCUUAAGCAGGUCAAGUUGUUUUAACUCCGUGGUAAAUAAUCCUGCGGCUCUCUCAAAUGUGACAGAAUCAAACUACGCCGGAACAGCCAUCCCGUCAGCCCUGAAGUCACUCCCAGCUUCAAGGACCUGUCUAUGGCCUUCAUCAUGGAAUACUCGUAUAAUCUGCCCUCUCCCAAACAUCUCCCUAUCCCACCCACAAACAACCUCCACAAUAUGACCUCUUCGACGUAAGUCGUCCACGACUGACGGGUCUACACCCUCUUCCACAUAAACUGUCCUUUCCCUUGCGCUAUCUAUAUGCUGAUGUCCCAUUGGCCCAAUGCACACUCUCGGUGCAUCAAGGGCCUGUUGUGGAUUCAUCCCGAAUACACGCAUAUUCAUCAGCAGCUGCACGUGUCCCUGCGGCUGCAUAAAUCCUCCCAUGAUCCCGAAUACGGUAUUCAACGAUCCGUCCCCGGGGUUCGUAGCCAUCGCGGGUAUAAUCGUGUGGUAUGGUCGCUUCCCCGGCGCAAGUGCAUUUGGAUGGCCAGGCAGCAGGGAGAAGUUGGCACCGCGGCUCUGCAAUGUGAAACCGCAACCGCGCGGGAUGAUUCCGGUUCCGAAGCCGUGAUAAUUGCUAUUUACCACGGAGGCCGCGUUACCAUCCCUAUCGACGACGGCAAAGUAUACCGUAUCGCAUGAAUUCAAGGCAGGGCUACCGUGGGUAAUGAGGUUCGAGACUGUGGACGAGUUGAAGAUGUGUGCCCUUUUCGCUAUGUAUGAGUCUGAUAGGAGAUUCGGAAUAUCUGAGUGGGUUGAAUCUCCGAUCCACCAGGAGGCGUCUGCGAAGGAAAUGCGGAGAACCUCAACCAGAGCAUGUAUGUACUCCGCGGAGUUGUGUCGGAGACUGAGCAAGGGAGGGAUCUUCCUGGCCCGUUCCAACUCUUCGAACAACUUGAGUGCCAUGAGUGCAACGAGACCCUGUCCGUUAGGUGGAUGUUCCCAGAUGUCAACCUCUUUGUUGAAUCGAACACAGA